GCUCACUUCGUUAAUUUUCAGGUUCAUUUUCCUUCUCUUUCCCUUUGCUUUUACCUCGUUUUCUCGCUUCUCAAACACCCCUCUCUCACCCUCAAUGGCCGACCAGCUCACCGACGACCAGAUCGCUGAGUUCAAGGAGGCCUUCAGCCUCUUCGACAAGGACGGCGAUGGUCUCUUUCCUCAGAUCCCUCUUUCUCUAUGUUGUAUUACUACCAAGGAACUUGGGACUGUAAUGCGGUCACUUGGGCAAAACCCAACUGAGGCAGAGCUGCAGGAUAUGAUAAAUGAGGUUGAUGCUGAUGGAAACGGAACUAUUGAUUUCCCAGAAUUCCUCAACCUGAUGGCCCGCAAGAUGAAAGACACUGAUUCGGAGGAGGAGCUUAAGGAAGCUUUCCGCGUGUUUGACAAGGAUCAGAAUGGCUUUAUUUCUGCAGCUGAGCUUCGCCAUGUUAUGACAAAUCUUGGAGAGAAGCUUACAGAUGAAGAAGUUGAUGAGAUGAUUCGUGAGGCUGAUGUUGAUGGUGAUGGGCAGAUCAACUAUGAGGAGUUUGUCAAAGUCAUGAUGGCCAAGUGAGGACCAAAAAUUAUAACUAAAAUUUGAAAAAGCAUAUAAAGAGAAGAGGGACUGGGCAGAUAAGUUUUGAUGAGAAUUCUAUUUCCAUUAGGACAUCUUCAUUUGGGAUUAUUAGCUUUUGUUGCUUGAGUGUCUAUUUUCUUGUUUGCUUUAAUUGGUACUGCUCCUUAGUAUCCUACUUGUUUGUUUCGUCCCUUGCUUUAGUAGUUUCUGUUAGCCGUGUCUCACCAUGCUUUGUUACUUCACUUUUCAUCUUUUUUUGGGUUAUUAUUAUGAACCUAGAACAAUUGGAUGCAAUUUGUGUUUUUUUACAUGUGGGUGGCUAAUGCUGUUA